UCAUGCUGUGACCAGCGAAUGCUCUAUCUAGGCUUUCCAAUUUCAAGGCACGUAGUCCCAAGUUGGGUUUAAGAGAGUGCUCCUACAGAUAGAAAAUGUUCACAGAGAAGAAAGCCACCUCUGUGCCCAAAAAGGUGGGCAAGAAGAAGACGAGACCACAGGGCCUGCCUUCCCCGGCUCUGUGCUGUGCCUGCGGACUGUGCAUCAUGCUGGCUGGCAUCAACAUCACGCUGGUGGGCGCCUUCGCCUUCGGGACUUUCAUGCCCAUGAACAACCCACCCAUCAUCAUCGGGCCCAUCCUGCUGGUGGUGGCCUUCACCUUCUUCGGAGCCUGCUGCAUCUGCAGCCGCCGGCCCCCAGCUCAGGGCUCCCGCAAGCCCAAAGGGGGCAACAAUUUGGGGUUGAUCCGUACAGGCAACACGGCCUUCGAGAUCGAGACCAGCGAACACACGCUGCAGGACACUACCGCUGUGCAGCUCAGCCCCACCAACUCCCCCUGCUCCUCGCACAAGUCUACCCCCACGCACGAGGGCCCACAAGCCUGCAAGCUCUUCACCGUGGACACCAAUGGGCCUGCUGCUCAAUAUUCAGCUGGGGCAGACUCCAUCCAGCUCAACCUGCCCACGGACCUGCCUACCACCUAGAGCAGUUUAGUGCAGGUGCUUCUGUAGGGCCUCACUGAACUGCCCAGGAUGCCAGCCCGUAGGGUUUCACAGGGCAAGGGGUAGCUACGUUUGUGUUCAAGACAUGAUGGUAUUGUAAGGGAUUUUGGAAUAGUUCUAUUGGAGAGACAGCCAUGACAAAUUAAUUUGCGCUUUACCACCCCAAGUACAAAGUGAAAGGGAGGUCAAAAGUGUGGCUUGUUCACCAGUGGAUCGACAGAUCUAAACACAGUAGUACUUUGUUACUAGAGUGACAGACUCUUGGAUUAAGAGUACCACUUAGAGCAAGAGGAAGGUGGGCCAGAGACAGAUUGCAAAACAGAUUCAGUUAAGUUUCAAUAUUAAAAUAACCAGCUGCAGUAUAUCUCCUGAGCCACAUGUUGGUGAUUGCUGUAAUAGGACCCCUGGCACCCUGAAACACUGCCAGACUUGUUAGAAACUGUUGAAAACACCACACAAGCACAGGUACCAUAUAAGGCACAGAACAUUGAAAACAAACAUUAUUUUUUGUAUCAAUAUUACAUUACCUCAUAUCAGACACAACUGCAAUGCUUUGAUAGCGUAUUUUUAAAUUUUAUUGAGAUAAAAGUAAGUAACAGCCCCUCUGAAGCCAUGUUAUUAUCUAUAGAGACAUGUUAGUUAAUUACACCACAGACUGCCUAUACAGUAGAUAUAUUAACUGAGGCCAUAUUGCAAAUAACCACAGCAGGUGUUUGUUUGUACAAACGCACCACUGUUUUUUCCCCCCUGCAUUAUAAAUGUGAAUGCAUUCCAUAUGUGCCAAAGUCUAAUGGAGAAAUAGAGUCAUAUGCAUUUAAGAGUUUUUAAAUCUUCCCCUUCCAUUUUAAAUUUAGUAUGUAAGCAAAUCAAAUCAUUAGGAGUUCUGCCGCUCCAGUAUUUAAAUGAAAUCGUUUUUCUCUAAACAUUUCCAAACAUUUGUCUUUGGGCUUUGCGUCCCGAUUGCAGAACUGUGACCUAUACACUCCUUCUCCUAUACUAUCCUAUACAGAAAAGUGUGAAAAAUAUCACCGGGAUGCCAUUGUAGUACCAGUGUAAAAACAAGUAGACCACAGAAUUAUCUGCAAGGACAGCAUAACAGAUAUACAUCGGUAUAUCAAAAUUGGGAAAUGUAGCCUCUAUAUGACCAUAAUCAUUUUCUUACACCACUGUACCUGCCCUGUGCUACAUUUUCGCCUCAUUACUAUUGCAGUGCCACUGCUUUGCUGUUAUAGAUAAUUUAAUAAGAGUCACUAUACCAAUAUCAACGAAAAACUAUUGAAUGUUGUACCUGGAACUUACUGUGGAAAACUGCUUCCGCUGAGGUAUAAAUGCACUUGUGGAUAAACAAUUAUAAACUGCUAGCUAUUCAGCCUACAACAUAACACAUUUUUUAGUAAGCCAAUUCAGAUUGACAACUGCCAAAAAACAAGCAAAAAAAAAGUAGUAUUCCACAACUACAAAAAAACAAAACAAA